AUGAGGAGUCUGGCGCUGCUGUUAGGGGUGAAAGCCGCUUGCAUCCUUUUGGUAUCUUCGCUCUCGGGCACAGGGGCCGUCAACAACAGCGGCCGGUGGUGGGGUAUUGUCAAUGUGGCCUCUUCGUCCAACCUCCUCACCAAUUCCAAGAACGUGCAGUUAGUCCUGGACCCGAGCCUGGCCCUACUGAGUCGUCGCCAGCGCCGGCUGAUUCGGCAGAAUCCUGGCAUCCUGCAUGCCAUCGCCGCUGGGCUGCACACCGCCAUAAAGGAGUGCAAGUGGCAGUUCCGCAACCGCCGCUGGAACUGCCCGACCACCCACAGCCCAGCAGUUUUUGGCAAAAUUGUCAAUCGUGGUUGCCGAGAGACAGCAUUUGUAUUUGCCAUUACCAGCGCAGGGGUGACCCAUGCUGUGGCUCGCUCCUGUUCAGAAGGGGCCAUUGAGUCGUGCACAUGCGAUUACCGCCGCAGAGGUCCUGGAGGGCCAGACUGGCACUGGGGGGGCUGCAGUGACAAUGUGGACUUUGGCCGGAUGUUCAGCCGUGAGUUUGUGGACUCCAGCGAAAGGGGCAGAGAUCUGCGCUACCUCACCAACAUACACAAUAACGAGGCUGGCAGAAUGACUGUGUCAUCAGAGAUGCGUCAGGAGUGUAAGUGCCAUGGCAUGUCAGGCUCCUGCACCGUGCGUACUUGUUGGAUGCGCCUGCCCAGCUUCCGCACAGUGGGAGACUUCCUUAAGGACCGGUUUGAUGGUGCAUCCAGAGUGGUUUAUGCCAACAAGGGAAGCAACCGUGCCUCUCACCGAGCAGAUCCCCGACAUCUGGAGCCCGAAAACCCGGCUCACAAACCUCCUUCCGCCAUGGAUCUGGUCUAUUUUGAGAAAUCACCAAACUUCUGCUCAUACAAUGGCAAAACUGGCACUUUGGGAACUUCUGGGAGAACAUGCAACAGCUCUUCUCCAGGCCUGGACGGAUGUGAGCUGCUCUGCUGUGGACGCGGGUUUAAGACCCGGACUGAGAGUGUGACUGAACGGUGCCACUGCACGUUCCACUGGUGCUGUCAUGUCAGUUGCUUGAACUGCACCAGUACAAGAACGUUACACCAGUGUCUAUGAUCACAGGUGGACAACCAAGUGAAUAUUUAGGCAUCUAUGAAAAGGCAAAGAACUUCUUAGCAAAGCAAGUAGUUGGCUGAGAAAGCCACUAGCACGCAGGUGGUUUGAGGUGUUUAUGUAGAAGCCAGAAAAGCUUCAUGGCGGGUAAACUGAUACAGGGAACUCUAGCACAAACAUUCAAUCAGUGUUUUUGAAAGAGGUGGAGAAAAGCACAAAUAUAUGAACAGGGUAUAGAGGGAGUAUAUGUGCUUGAUUUCUUGCCUUUUAUGUUUAACAGUAUUAGGAGGGUAAUGAAACACUACAACCAUCCACAUAGAAUGGAAAUCAUCCACAUGCCUCAAGUGUUUACACUGUGGAGAAAUAGAAUUAAAAUUAAAAGGACAAAAUGAUGUGGCGGAGAAUCGAUUGCUGUAACCAGGUAGUACAAGAGCCUUCUUCUUCCCCACAGAGGGCAGAAACUGGACACAAUGUCUCACAGAUGCUUCUGUGGCCAGAGAGCCACAAACAUGUGCUCUCAUAAACUGGUGAAGACCUCUAACAAGAGGAAAGUUAUUUUAAAAACAAAACACAACAGUGUUUUGUUUUCUUUUGCUGAAGUUUGGCUUCUCUCAUACAAAACUGUGUGAAAUUUAUCUCUGGGGAUGGGCCGUCUGUUCCCAACUUGUGUACUUAGGCCUUGGAUGUAGCCCAAACACUUAUAAUUUCCUCACCACAUUUGCCCCUUUAUUUGGAAUUCUUAGGAGUUGAAUACACCUCAACCUUGAUUUGCCACUCUGACUCACCACAGGAUGGUCCUGAUGUUACAUGACUGGGACCAGUGGUCGCCAAGGAAAAUAGAAAGUGUCUGAACAAAUCUUACUGAGGCAAUGUAAUUUGAAUGUAUUAUCAAUACACUGAAUCUUAUGGCACGACUAGACUAGUAGUUUGGCAAAUCUGAAGGGUCAAUAUAAAAAACAUUUAUGAAAUGUGACCUGCAAAAUCUCACCAUGCUGUCAAAGUGAAAACUAAUGCCAUACUGAGACGUACAUUGAAGUAACAAAAAGAUACUAAAUUUCUGUUAAUGCAAGAGUGUAGCAUCAACCAGGUCCAGGUUUAAAGUAGGCAAAUGGUGUAUUACUUCAGGCCAGGCUGUUGUAAAAAGCAGCUAAACAUUUUAUUGGGAAGAAAACAGCCUCGGCAGAAGAAAUCAUCCUGUAACAGCUAAUAGAACCAAAAUGCUGUAAAUAUUAAAAUAUAUGAAUAUAUAUUUAUCAUGAUGUCAUUUGUAAGUUUGCUGAAUGAUUUAUGCACCUGUCAGUGGCUGGAGAAUAUACUAUCAUUAGUGUCAAGUCAGGAGAUGUUUUGAUGUUAUGCCUUUUUCUAUUUUGGUGUAAUGUAGCUGACACUAAACCGACCCUUACUAGAAACGGAACAUUUUAUCACUUCUUUGCUUGUUGCCUGUAAAAAAAAACAAAAAACUUGUGUUCAUGCACUGAAUAUUUACCUUUUUUUUUAAGAUGAGUGUAAAUGCAAAAUAUUUAUUUCUGAGGAUUUUUGUACUGUCAUAGAGAGAUGUAAGAGAAGAACGUUUUUAGAUUAUGAUCAAAAGAUUUUGGUUCCAGUUGGUUUCGUAUUGUAUGAUAGAACAAUAAAGUCUAUAUUUUCAAUUAA